AUGCAUGGCUGACAAUGGUAAACAAUGGCACACUUCAGAAUCUUUUUUCCCACAAGCUGUUCAUUGUUGGCAUCCUUGAAAUAUGAUACAAAGACGUCUGAAUGACAUCACAUUAAGGCAAAGCACAAGAUAGUAUGAAGAUCGAAAGCUAUGCUCUACCAACUGCUCUGUAAACUCCUCAACCUGCUAUGAAGAUGAGGUUGAGGAGGACACAUCAAGAGGACAUACAAAAGCGUAAAGCUGCAGGGAAUGUGAACAAAAAUCAAGAUGCCAUUGAUGCUGCCCAGCUACAGCCCAAAACAACUCAGGUUGUUUUUGAGAUCCAGUCGGGACGUACAGUGCCUCGUCUUUCUGAACCCCGCCACCUGUAUGGCAGCUCUGGACAUGUGUGUCAGACCCUGUCUCGUUGGCCAAAGGAGUGUGAGGUGAUACAGGAAGAAAUUAAUCAUAUUGAUUGGGCACCUUAUUGUCCGGAGCCGUUUUGGUCUCCAAAAUCCUCUGAAUAUCCCCAGAUCCCCUUUACGUUGGGCGGCAGGCUUGUUUACCAUGCACCAGCUGGUAAGGAGAGCUACUUCUCGGGUUCUCGUGCUGGAGGAUGUCCAUGUGCCGUUUCACAAGCAUCUGAAGCACCAUCUGGGCCUAAUGACACCACGCUUGUCUUUGAGGGGCGAUUCGAAAGUGGCAAUUUACUGUCUGCGCACAGAGUUGGGGAGUUUGCCUAUGAGCUCACACUCAGGACAGACAUGUACACCAAAAAGCACACACAGUGGUUCUACUUUCGAGUGAGGAACACACGUGCAGGAAUCCCUUACCGCUUCACCAUCACCAACUUCCUGAAAGCCACCAGUCUGUACGAGAGAGGUCAGAAGCCCCUGCUGUACUCUGAGGAGAGGGCCCGGGUUUUCGGAGUGGGCUGGUACCGCGUGGGUCAGGACGUGUCCUACUAUCGCAACGGACGCUGCCACCUGGGCCUGCCCUGCUUCUCCCUCUCCUGGAUGUUCAGCUUCCCCUACGACCGAGACACCUGCUACCUGGCACACUGUUACCCGUACACCUACACCAAACUGUGGUCUUACCUCUCCGCCAUCGAGAACAACCCCAAGCUCUCCUCGUUCUGCAAGGUCCGGACACUCUGCCGCUCGUUGGCAGGAAACCUGGUGCCGGUGCUGACGGUGACGAGCCCCACUGGCAAGCCAGGUGAGUCGGAGGAGGCUGCACACAAGCCUGCUAUUGUGGUCACUGCCCGGGUCCACCCAGGCGAAACCAACAGCUCUUGGGUCAUGAAGGGCAUCAUUGACUUCUUACUGAGUGACUCAUCCGAUGCAAAGCUGCUCCGCGACACCUUUAUCCUCAAGCUGGUCCCCAUGCUGAAUCCGGACGGCGUGAUUGUGGGAAACUACCGUUGCUCCCUCACGGGACGAGACGUCAAUCGCAGCUACACCUCCAGUCUGAAGGAUUCCUUUCCCACUGUCCAUGCACUGCGGACUAUGGUACAUCGGUUGUGUGAGGAAAGAGAGGUGUUGUUGUAUUUUGACCUCCACGGACACAGCCGUAAACAGAAUGUCUUCACCUACGGCUGUGAGUUGGCGUCCGACCAGCAGAUGCAUGAGCGCGUCUUCCCCUUCAUGCUGAGUAAGAACUUCCCUGACAUGUUUUGUUUCGAGAACUGCAAGUUUAAGGUGCAGCGAAGCAAGAGUGGCACUGGCCGCGUCGCUUUGUGGAAACUUGGAAUCCCAAACAGUUUCACAUUAGAGACUUCCUUUUGUGGGUCAACCAUCGGCCAUCGUAAAGGAACACACUUCAGCAUUCGGGACCUGGAGGACCUGGGGGCGCAUUUCUGUGAUACUCUUCUGGACUACUGUGACCCUGACAGGACCCAGUACAACAUAUGUGUCAGAGAGCUGCAGGAAUCCCUUCAACAAGACGCCAGCCUCAUUCUCGCCUCUUCUGAAGCAGGAGCGCCACCCAGUGGUGAUGGCAGCACCUGUGGUUCAAACAGCUCUGAUUCUGAUGGACCUCCACACCAACUUGAAGCUUGUAAGGAGAUGACUCGUAAGAAGUUACUCAAGUCCAAGAAGAAAAGAGACUGCUCUUUCCUCGCACGACAAAGAGAGGACACUGCUGAGGAGACUAAGGUUGUUGAUGUCAAAGAAAGCCUUGGGAAAGACAAAUACACGCUUCAGCCUCUGCGAUUGACUCAACAUAUGCUGCCAAGAAUAAAGGAGGACCCAGAACCAGAACCUGAACCCACUGAUGCCACACAAAAGAUGUCUGUUCAGUACCUGGUGUUCGAUGAUGAAAAGGGGGCGCUAAGAUCAAAGUCUGACUACCUGCGGCACCUCAUGUCAGGCUACAUAAGGAGCAGGAUGCAGCUGGGCCUGGGCACCACUCUUAGAGGUUUGGACCUGGGUCCUCUCCAUGUGUGUGUGCAGCCAAAGCCGAGUGCAUCAGCUCUCAGGUUGACCCCCAGAGGUCCAGGAAGGGGGGCUGGGAGAAGCAGCAAUGCCCCUGGCCUCUCUCAUAUGGCCGCAGGAGACAAGACGACUGGUCCUGCUUCGCCUGCUCAAUGGAAGAGAAGCCAGAGUUAUACUGCACCAUUCAGUCUACUCAGGACAGCGACCAGGCAGGUGCCGAGCAGGCGAGUCCCAUGUGACAUGUGGGAGGGAGUGUUGAAGUAUCACAGAGGAGCGCUAGACAGGAAACCAAGCCAGGUCAUGGGAAGACCAUGACGCAAACCAGAAACCAGAAGUUACUUUAGCCACAAACCUGCAACAUAGAACUGUGAAACACAGGCCCCUCUUCAGUCUGCUUCUGGACACAGGAGGAUGUUUACUUUGAAUUGCAAUAAAGCAUGCUGUGCGGUGAGCUUAUAAGAAAACGUUUGUCAGCUUACUU